AUGGCAGUUGCAAGGUGCAUCCAGACACCUAAGAGAAGUGAAAAUCCAUCUCAACAAAUCCUUGAUCUUGGGCACGACAGAAUAGGAAAGAAGAAUCUAGGAGACGUGAUCAACGGGCCGCCGCUAGAUCCCAGCGACCCCUUUGCAUCGGAUGAGGAUGCUGCCCUCCGCGCCCUGGCGAGACAGUUCGAAAAUAGAUAUGGUGGUUAUAUACCAAAUAAGAAGAAGAAGAGAAGAAAAGAGAAUGAUUUUAGCACGCUCGGAGAAGGCUAUGACGUGACGGAUCCCUUCAUCGACAAUUCGGGUGGUUUCGAUGAGGUUAUGCCAGUCCACAAGGAGACAAAAGAACGUGGGUUUUAUAUCAAUUCUGGGGUGUUAGACUUUGAGGAGGUUAAGGAGGGAGAAGAAUCGUCAUCUUCGUCGUCUGAAGGAGAAGACUCAGAGGAGAGUGAAACGGAAAAUCGAAUAGACUCGGAUGAGGAGGAACAGGAAGACGAAGAUGAGGAGUCUAAAAAGAGAAAACUCCAUGAAAAUGGCAUAAUCCGUCCAAAGAAGCGAAAAUUAGAUGAAGGAGAGCUAUUAAGAAAGAGAAAAAAGAUGAUUGGUCGAUUUAAUGCCAAGAACUUGGAGAAAAAAGAUUCGGAUCCUGAAACGGAGAAAAAUCGAAUAGACUCGGAUGAGGAGGAACAGGAAGACGAAGAUGAGGAGUCUAAAAAGAGAAAACUCCAUGAAAAUGGCAUAAUCCGUCCAAAGAAGCGAAAAUUAGAUGAAGGAGAGCUAUUAAGAAAGAGAAAAAAGAUGAUUGGUCGAUUUAAUGCCAAGAACUUGGAGAAAAAAGAUUCGGAUCCUGAAACGGAGAAAGUUGUUAAUGGUUGUGAGAAGAAAGAAGAAACACAGCCGAAUGAACUGUCAAUAGCAGCCAGUAUUGAAGCAGUCAUAAGCAAAGCACGGGAAGAAGCAGGGGAGAAGAAAGUCGAGAGCCAAGAAUCAGGUUCUUCUGGCUCUGAUUCCAGUUCUUCUGAUAGCGAUUCAUCGGGAAGCUCGUCAUCAAGUGAUAGUGAAUCAGAAGAAGAGGAAGAAGAAGGAGAAGGAGAUGGAGAAGAUAAAGGCACGGAAGGGGAUGAAGGCGAAGGAGAGGACGGAAUGGAAAUGCAGGAUGUGGAAAAUGGCCAUCAGCUCUCCGACAGCGAAGAUAAUAUUCGCUUGCCAGACAACCUUCCCACAGACCUGUUGCAGGUGUGGCAUGCUUUCUGACGGUGAUGGUGGUGGGAAAUCGU